AUGGCCGAACACUUUACUUCAUUUCAUAUAUUGAUGGAACCAACAUUGGACGAUCUUACAGAGCUCAAGAGGCUUCUUGGCUUAGGAUCAACACCAUACGUUGAGGCACUCCUUAAGGCUGAGAUUCAGAAGAUUGAACCAAAAUUCGCUACAGUCAAGGCACCAGAACCAGCCAAGCCAGCAGCUCCAGUUCGUAGAUACCAGUCUAUCACAUCCUAUGCAUUCUCUGAUAGCAAGAAGACAGCAGAAAUCAUGAUCAGAGAAAUCCGCGGUCUUGAACAGGCCAAGAUCGAGUUCGAGCCACAAAAAAACGGCUUCUCAAUCGCUGUCAUCCGUGAGGAACAGAACCUUCCAAACCUCAAGCUCGUUGUUUCUCCAAUCAAGGAGAUUGUCCCAGCUGAUUCAACAUACAAGAUCCGCCGUGAGACACUUACAGUUAUCCUUGCUAAGAAGAAAGAGGAGACAUGGAUGAAGCUUAAGGAUACAUCCCUUACACCAAAGAAGGAAGAAAAGAAGAAGCCAGAAGAUGAUGUUGAUGCUAAGGAGAAUCCAAACGCUGCACUCAUGAACAUGAUGAAGAAGCUUUACGAUGAAGGCGAUGAUGAGAUGAAGAGAACAAUCUCUAAGGCUAUGUGGGAAGCUCAGCAUAAGAAGCCAGAAGACGAAGAGAAGAAGGAUAAGAAAUAA